UGUGAAGUUGUGACCAUGUCUGGAAGAGGAAAGGGCAGUGGGAAAGGUCGCGCCAAGGCGAAGUCUCGGUCGUCCCGGGCUGGCCUGCAGUUCCCGGUGGGCCGUGUUCACAGGCUCCUGAGAAAGGGCAACUAUGCUGAGCGUGUGGGUGCCGGAGCGCCGGUCUAUCUGGCUGCGGUGAUGGAGUAUCUGACGGCUGAAAUCCUGGAGCUGGCCGGUAACGCGGCCCGGGACAACAAGAAGACCCGCAUCAUCCCCAGGCACCUGCAGCUGGCCGUGCGCAACGACGAGGAGCUCAACAAGCUACUGGGAGGGGUGACCAUCGCUCAGGGCGGGGUGCUGCCUAAUAUCCAGGCCGUGCUGCUGCCCAAGAAAACCGCCGCUGGGGGCUCCGCUAAAAAGUGAAGACACCAUUCUUGAA